AGCCUUAUCAAACUUGUGAUGUUGUUGAGUAUCACAGCUCAAGCCUUUUCUGUGACUAGUUGUGACGUGAAACAGCCAUGAGAAAUUGGUUCUGUGGCCUCUUAUUAUAUGAAGAUGCUUCCCCUUUUUUACACCAUGUUCUUGAGAUACGUUUCGCAUCUUCCAAUUCUUGAAAAUCUUCUCCAACUGUUUCUAAGAAGAGUCAAAAUAUCAUUCUGGUUUUCAUCCAAAUCUUCCAUUCUCUAUUUGUCGUCAUGAAGCGGUCAAUCUUGUUUUCGUUGCUAUAUUUGCUAUGCUCUCCAUUGCUUGUCUAUGGACAGUCCGAAGCACAGCCCACAGAUCCGACUGAUGCAGGCGCCGCUGGUCCUUCAGCGACGGGUGGGAAAAUCUCACUUGGAGCCGAAAUCGCCAUCAUCGUCAUCAUUGGCGUUGUCGCGGCAAUCGGUAGUCGGAUCAUCCAUUCUAUUUUACAUGGCCAAGAAGCGGCAAUGGGAAAUUCGAAAGAGCAUCCGAAGAUCGGCUCGACGCCUGACGGGCAACUUCAAUUCCAAAAAGGCACAGCGCUCUUCAAGGCAUCAACCCGGAGUCAGCCGGCUGGCAGAUGACAAGCAAGCUCGGAAGCCUAGAGACUUGGAGAAGGGCACGGUCACCACGAUCACGAGCACUUUUGACAUGGAGCCGCCGACGCCCAAACCUAAGGCCUGGCAUGAGGCCAUUGCCAGCCUCGGAAGGAAGACAGGAAGAUGAUGACAUUUUAAAGGUUCGACAAGUAAAGGAGAGGCGCAAGAGCGGGCGUUCAGGAGAAUAUAGAAGAGUGCAUGAUGUGCUGCCAGUCAAAAGCAUGGAUCAUGAACAGAUCAUCUUGCGGGAGAUGUCAGACUGAAUAGUGCAAACAACAGGCGCGUGGAGU